UGCCAGAUUUCGUGACAGCUUCAACACGCCUUUGCGUCGUCUGGUUCAAAGCUUUAAAUUUACCUAUCAAAACUUACACUACAACCGUGAAUAACUUCAGGCCUUGGAGACUUCCUUGACGGAUUUAAAGUUUACAGCUUGACGAUUCACGCCGUUCAAUAUUGUCAAAGCCAACUAAUGGCUCUAGAAAGUUUUGAAAAUGAGGAUAUGGUUUUUAAGGAUAAAUACAGAAACCUAAAACGGAAGCUCAAAUUUCUCAUUUAUGAAAAUGAAUGUUUUUCUAUGGAAAUACGUAACAUGGAAAAAAGACUCCUCAGAAUUCUCAAAGAUCGAACAUUUCUUCUAGAUAUGCUAACCCAGCAUGAGGCAGCAUCUCCUGCAUUUGAAUCAUCAGAUGAUGACAUAACAGAUUCUUCAGAUGGUGAAAUGAAGAUGCAGCACAAGAACACAGAUAGAAAGAAAAAACUUAAAACGGAACGUGGGAAUAAAAAAACUCCUGGCAUUCCAUCAAAACCUAGAAGGAAACCUCCAAGCAAACUUGACAAGAAAAACAGUGUUAAACCUGAAACAGUAGCAAACCUUAUGGAAGAUUCAAUGAGUUCUAAACAAGAGGUUACAACCAAAACAGGUCAUAUGACUCCAGAAGAAGUUGUAAGGCACUUAGAAUCAAGAAGAGCACAACAAAGUCAGCUGGAGUUUUCUUUUGCCCCUGACAAAGCUCCUGCUACCGUACCUACUGAAAUGUUUAGCAAUGAUAUAGAAAUAGGUGGUGGAAACUUUCGUGAAUUUCUUGAUGAUAUCGAUACGUCCCCUAGUAAUGGUGGAGAUGAAAAUGUCACAAUUGAUAUGGAGCAUAACUAACCACUUAAUAUUUGAACUCAGUGUUUUUCAAUAAAACAAAAUUGUUUUGCCUGAAAAA